AAAAAAUCUUACAUUUUCUUUCGCCUAGUCCCCAUAUACCAAGUCCGUACUGUCCGAAAAAGAACUUCGUUAAAAAAAAUCCAUAAUUCACUAAUGUACCUACAUAAAAGCGAUACCUACACGCCAGUUUAAAUGUCGUUGAUUGUACGCUAAACGCAUAAUACAUACAGUUUCAACAUUGCUAAGUACGUGUGCUUCUCCUAUUCAAUAAGACAAAGGCCAUUAUAGAAUGGGUGGCGAACUUGUGGGCGGAGAGUAACGAAGGGCGGGGCGCAACGCAGGUUGUCGGGCCCUCACUCCCUCUGAUAUCGCUCAGUUUCACAACUACACCUGGCAGAACACGCCGGGCGAACUACUACGAGUAUUUCCACUUUUUAUCAUUUCGAAUGUUUGAAACUGCAAAUCAAAUGGAAAAGUGACUGCAAAAUCCGUGAUCGUUUCUUGGGAAAUGUUUGAUAUGGAGGGUGGUAAUGGGCAUAUGAGGUGCCCGGUGCUGGAGGCAGUCGGUGUGAUACCCGUGAAUGUGGACGGCUCGCCGUUAUCAGCCAAUAGUUCUGACAUGUUCCUCUAUGAUGAUUCUUCGAUGUCCGACUGCAGUCUGUACGCCAGUGACCAGGAAAAUCACUCCACGCCAAGAAAACGGUCGGAUUGCAGACGUCUCCACAAAAGGCGGUCUAGAUGCCCACAGCAACAGAUUCAGCAGCGACAGGCGGCCAACCUGCGCGAGCGGCGCCGCAUGCAAUCAAUCAACGAUGCCUUUGAAGGCCUGCGCGCUCACAUACCGACAUUGCCAUACGAGAAACGUUUGUCCAAAGUGGACACGUUGAAACUGGCUAUUGGCUACAUCAGCUUCUUAGGAGAGCUGGUCCGUACCGAUAGAGGCGCAUCAGAUUCAAUGUUGAUGGGAAUGGGCAAUAUGCAGAAUAAAGAGGAACAUAAGAAAAUCAUCGUGAGAGUAAUGGCACUGACCGCCGCAGAAAAACAAAAACAAUAUAGAGAGAGACAGAAACUUAAUGCAGUGAAGUAUGAAGAUGCAAAACGGAAACAUAGAGAACGUUAUCACAAAACCAAAAGACUGGUUAAAGAUCUCACACCUAAAGAAAAAUAUAAUGCCAAUCUGAUAUGGAGACUGCGAAAACGAGACCUGAAAAAACGAAAGCAGAACACUGAAAGGUUAUUACAAUAUACGCCACCGGAAUCUCCAAGCUCUAGCCUGCGUGACGAUAUCCAAACGCCACCGCCUUUGCCUCCAAUGGGUACUCCUCCACCAGCUAGUUCACCAUCAUUAGCAAAAGCAAGAGGUAGAAAAAAAAUUAAGAAGAACAGAUCAAAAGAUUACAGAGAAAAUAAGAAACUGACAGAAGAAAAUGUAAAGCUGAAACGAAAAUGUGAAAAAUACAAAAAAAAGAUAUCUAAGACAAAAUGAGACAAGGAAACGCAAAAAAUACAGAAGACGCAGAAUGAAGACGAUUUACGAUACAAUAUUUUAAGUACAGCCAUAAAAAAUACUUUUAAAAGUACAAGAUCUAGAAAAGAGAAACAAGUAAUAAUGAAAAUAUUUUCUACGCAUGAAGUCAGACAGUCACGCAUAAGAAAAAAAAUACUUGUUGAAAAUUUAGGUCUUGACAAAGUUAAGAAAGUAAAAUUUAGUAUGGUGAGACAAACAGUACUAAAAACCAAAAUUAAAGACUUUUUUCUUAGAGACGAUAUUUCACGAGCAUCUGCUGGUAAAAAGGAAACGGUAACAAAGCAAAAGACUAAAACACAAAAAAGAUACUUAUUAGAUGGAAUGAAAAACCUCCACCUUUUGAAAGUCUCAAAAAAGAGAACCCUGAGUUACGUUGUUCAUAUUUCUAUUUUAUCAAAAACAAGCCAUUUUUUGUAGUUAAAGCUUCUAUUGAUGCUCGUGACACGUGCAUGUGUAAAAUACAUGCAAAUUUUGCAUACAAAACGAAUUCUUUGAAAAAAAAAGGGUAUUGUAGGAACUGAUGACAUGAAUAUCUUAAUCGAGUCUACAGUCUGUGACGCUAUUUAAAAGAUUGUAUGUACGGAAUCUGCACCAUGUGUCGAAACAAGAAAAAGAAAAAUAACACUGAUAAAAUAAAAGAUGAAAUCAGAUGGGCUGAAUGGGUUAGAAAAGAAGAGAAGUAUGAAAAAGAUGGAAAGAUGAUAAAAACUAUAAAGAACGUUAAAGAAGAAAUGAGCGCAACUGCGGAGGACUUCAUAACCAGAUAUGAGAAAGACCUAACUGCUAUGAAAAAACAUGUCUUCAACAUCAAAUCACAAUUCCUAAGCUUCCGGCGUUGUCUCGAGCAAAUUCAGCUAAAUGAGUGCAUUUUUAUUGCAGAUUUCAGUGAAAAUUACAACUGUAAAUACGGUCAAGAGGUACAGUCACAUCAUUUUGGUGGGUCGCGAAAACAAAUCUCACUGCAUACAGUCGCUGUGUAUACUUAUGACAAAGAAGUCGCUGCAGGUCACAAUGUCCACUCAUUUUUUACUGUAUCUGCAUCCAAUAACCAUCAGCCAGCUGCAAUUUGGUGUCACCUAGAUCCGAUUCUUAAAUGGAUAAGGUCUGAAUUUACUACAGUUGAUACCAUUCAUUUUUAUUCUGAUGGGCCCAGCACACAGUAUCGUCAAAAACAGAAUUUUUAUUUCAUGUGCACGAAAUUUUUUGAUGAUUAUGGAUUUGCUGCUAUGACUUGGUCAUUUUUUGAAUCAGGCCAUGGCAAAGGACCAGCUGAUGGCGUCAGAGGUUUUCUCAAAAGGACGGCAGAUCAAAUUGUAGCGAAUGGUGAGGAUAUUGCAGAUGUUUAUCAAUUUCAUGAAAAGCUGAAUAACGCCAGCAAAAUACAACUUCAUCUAAUAGAAGACAAAGAUAUUCAAGAUUUGCAGAGGGCAAUACCGAGUAAUAUUCCAAGACUUAUCGGGACUCUCAAAGUUCACCAGGUAUUUACAGAUUGCCGCGGUAUUCUAAAAUUUAGAGACCUAAGCUGUUUCUGUGAUAAGGGAAUUUUUGGUAGAAGAGGAUUUUGCAAAUGCCUGGAACCAAAAGUUUACGAUGUCAGAACUGCUAGUAAAAUAGUAGAUAAUGACGAAAACAUGCCAAGCUCUUCUUUGUCACAGUCGCAAAAAGAUUGUUCGCAUAAAUCGAAAACCGCAGAAGUGACACACUUUUCUUCAGAUGACGAGGAGCCUUUGAUUUCAUUAAAAAUAUCUCAAGAGUUAAAGGACCUCACCAAUACACGCAAAAAGAUUUACGAAAAUGUUUAUGGUCAUUCAUCAGAUGAUGAACAGCCUUCUACUAGUUGCGGCAAAGAAAACAGUAGAAUAGGCUGAGGCGAUUUUCUACUAGUCAAGGUUUAUGUCGACGUAUCUAAAAGCUACUCGUACUCGUACGCUUGCAAAACGUUAAGUGAAAUUGAAGAUGACGGUGAAAUUAAAGUCAUGUUUUUGCGGGUAGUUGACAAAGCUGCUACACGAUUUCGAAUUGAUGAUAAGGAUAUUUGCUAUGUAGAGUACGAUGAUGUGAUUCAGAAAUUGAGUGAGCCUAACGUUAUUAAGAAAGGAUAUCGUACAUAUUAUCAGUUUAAAGAAACUGUGAAUGUUUAUGAAAAGUAAUUUUAGUUUCUUUCUAUUCUAUAUGUCCUUGAUUCAUUUUAAUGUUGUUUAAACUUAUACUUAUAUAUUUUAUUUUCUUUCUUGUUAAUAUCUAAGGUAAACUUUUAAAAACAUUCUCAUGUGUUACCAAAAAUUUUCUCAUGCGUUACCAAAUGUCCCUAUAUACAUGUUUUGUGAACUUAUUAAGUAUGUUGUUUAAGCUAAAGGACUGAAAAUAGUUGAUGUAAAUGUAAAGUAAGCUAUAAUUUUAUCUUAGAAAUAAAGGUAUAAAGAUUGGGUUUAUCGAGUAGAGAUUACGAUUAAAGUUAAAAGAGCAAAAUUAUGGAAAGUAACGCGAGAGAAUUGUUUAAGUUCCGUUUUCUCUUAAAUAUUACUUAAUACUAAGACUGAUUCUAACGAAAGACUGUGAUUACGUUAUGUUUGUUAACAAAUACAAUUUGAACAAAAUAUAAGAAUUGUUUUAUUUGUUAAAAAUAAAUAUUAUCACAGUAACGCAAGAGAAUAUUAUCAAGACUGCUAUUGUCAUUUCACAAAAAAACUCAAAAACCCUAAUACAAAUGUCGCGGCCCGUAUUUGUUACAUGAGGUAAGGUAAAUUUUGACCAUAAAUAUUGCACGUUUUGUUUAAAAAUCGAUUACAAUAUUACAUUAACAUUUGUCACAAACAGGUCGCCAAAGGAGUACCUUAAAAGUUGAUUCACCCAAAUAUCAAUUAUCGUAUCGGAUAAUACGUCUUGUAUAUUUCUUAAGUUUUGCAGCAUGUUGUUGGCUAUAGCUGUUGUGAUUGUAAACGUGUUUAUAUCAAGCUGCUGUUGCAUUUCUUGUUUCAUUUUAUUAGCGGCCGCGUCCAAUAGCAAUAUAUGUUGAUUUAUUUCUUUGUGCUGUUUAUCAAUCAAAUUUUCUGUUCUCUUCAAGACAUCGUAUUCUGAUUCAAUGAUAGAAGUCUGAUUUUUC